AGCAGCUUCAUCAUCUCUUCCUACCUCUUUACUCCAAAUUUGCAAGUCAAAACUCCAACAUAUCUUAACAUCAGUUGUAGAAAGAGAGGAUGAACACUGAAGUCGAUGAGCAGAUGGCACUCAUUUCUCAGUACUAUCCUGAUGCUAUUUACACCCAGUUUGUACCUGAAGACGGGGCGGCGUCAAAGCCAAAGGCGCGGAGGCGGAGGAGGAAGAACAAAGGGUGCGAGGGCGGGGGCGGGGAGGGAGAUGGGGCGAUGCGGAAGAGGAAGUUGAGUGAGGAGCAGGUGAAGAUGCUGGAGGAGUGCUUUGGGAGCGAGCAGAAGCUGGAGUCGGAGAGGAAGGAGAGGCUGGCGGCCGAGCUCGGGCUUUACCCGCGCCAGGUGGCCGUGUGGUUCCAGAACAGGAGGGCCAGGUGGAAGAGCAACAAGCUCCAGGAGGAGUACUCCAAGCUUAAAUCCGAUCACGACAACGCCGUCCUUCACAAAUGCCGCCUUGAAACCGAGCUUCUGAAGCUGAAGGAACAACUCCAGGAAGCGGAGAAGGAAAUACAGAGGCUGUCAGAUGGGUUUUCAAGCAACAGUCCAUGUUCAUCCUUCUCAAUGGAAGCACCACCUUUUCUUGGGGAAUUUGGAAUGGAAGGAUUAGAGAAUGUGUUUUACAAUUCAGAUCAGAACAAUGGAAUGGAGUGGGAUAAUCUCUAUUAUAUGUAAUUAGGGCUAAUUUAAUUUGGACUAGUAGCUAGCUAGCUAAGCAAUUAGAAUUGGGGUUAUAUAUAUAAGACAUUCAAUAUGUAAAUAUUAUUAACUCUCAUGUAAAUUAAUCCCUAGUUUUAUCCGUUUGCUUUA